CAAUCCGUCUCGUCUCGUCUCGUCUCGUGCCAGUGCCACUGCUUCACCGCGAGCGAAAGGAGAGUUGGGGUUUUGCGAGCGAGAGCGAGUGAUGGCGAAGGGGAGCGGAGAGGCGGCGGCGGCCGCGGCGGCGGCGGAGGGGAAGGGGGGAGGAGCCGGUUGCGGCGGCGGUGGUGGAGAUGGAGGGAGAGGACGCGGUGGUGCCGGAGGCGGUGGCGGCGGAUGCGGAGAAGGCGGAGGAGAAGGAGAGCGGCAGCAGGAUGAUCACCCUGAAGAGCAACGAGGGCAAGGCGUUCGUUGUGACGGAGGUGUCGGCGAGGCAGUCCACGACCAUCGGGCACAUGAUCGACGACGACUGCACCAGGGAAGCCGUCCCGCUCCCCAACGUCGACUCUAAGACCCUCGAGAAGGUGAUCGAGUACUUCGACGAGCACGCCAACAACAAGGCCGACACCGACGACGAGAAAGCGGCGCUCGACAAGUUUGACAAGGACUUCAUCGGCGAGCUGGACGGUGACAAGGCCUUCCUCUUCCACGUCACCAUGGCCGCCAACUACCUCCACGCCCAAGGACUCCUCGACCUCACCACCCAGUGCAUCGCCGACACCAUCAAGGGCAAGACCCCCGAGGAGAUCCGCACGGCCUUCAACAUCGCGUACGACCUCACCGAGGAGGACCAGGAGGAGAUCAAGGAGGAGGAUGCCUGGGCCUUCUGAGGAGCACGCACCUGCCGCGUAAUUGUUCUCGUAGUUGUGUGUUGUGUCUCUGGUGGAUUCAGAUCUGAUCAGCUUACCUUUGAGUUCGUGCAUCCUGUCCAAGUAGAAGUGUAGAACUGAGUCGGCUGUGUCGUUGAAUGCUUUGCAACUGCUGGAUCGCUUGCAUGAAGUGAAAUAUUUUGCUCCAAAUA